UGUGAAUUCAAUUAAAUGAUAUGCCAUUAAUAAAUGGAGAGAAUUAAUUACAUAUUAAAAUCAAAUAUAAAUACAUUAAAGAACAGAAGCAACUUAAAUAAGUCGUCAGUUAGUUUGGAACUAUCCCACCCCGAAGUUCUAGUUUUCUUCUUCGAAACUAUUGGAAGAAGAAUCAAAUUUUUGAAAACUUGGAUUUAAGCGAUGAAUACAAAAAUCAUCAGUAUUUUUUGUUUGAUGUUAGUUCUCAUUGCUGAAAUAUUUGGAGCUGAUAAGAAAAUCGAUUCAAAACUGUUAAGUUUUAUCAAAACUCUAAACAAAGUAGAUCGAUUUGAAAGCGUUUUUCUUUUAAAAACCUUUCAAGGCAAUUCCUUCAUUGAAGACAAACUCUUACGAAAAAUUUCAUCUUCACUAAGUGUCCCAGUGAUCCUGUCUACUGAAACUUCUCCCUCAUUUUAUUUGAAAGGAUUAUUUAAUGAAAACUUUCUCAUCAUAGUGGAAUUUGAUUUCAGCAAUUUAUUUCUUCAGCGAUUAUUGGAAUAUCUUCAACAUCUUCGAUUUUGUAAAAUAAUGUUUGUACUGAAGAAUUCUUCAAAAAAUGAAGUUGAACUGAAGAAAUUAUUCAAUUUCUGUUGGCAAAAUGACAUGAUAAAUGUAAUAGCAGUUUUUCGAGACUUUUUAACUUCUUUCACUUACUACACUUAUUACAAAUUUGGAGAAAUAAAAAUUGAAGAAAUCAAAUGGAACAAAAAAGAUUCUUCAAGUAGGAUUUUUCCACACCGAAUGAAAGAUCUUCGUGGUGUUACUUUGCCAAUUCUUUUCGGAGGACCUCAACCAGGUGUGAUCAUUUCCAAAAAUGCAAAUGGCGAAACAAUAAUUGGAGGCUAUGUGGGAAAUAUGUUUAAUGGAUUUGCCAAGAAACACAAUGCAAGAUUGAAUACAUCAAAUGUUAACACUUUACUAUCACCCCAAGAUAUGUAUCGACUCGUGGUAAAUAGAACUCUUGAGAUAAUGGGUGCUUUUCCUUUACGUACACGUCCUGGUAAUAGUUUUUCAUACCCGUUCAUCGCUUAUGAUUGGUGUGUUAUGGUACCAAUAGAGCCGAAAAUUCCCAUUUUUAAGGUGUAUGGUAUUAUCUUUAAUUGGGCAAGCUUUGUUUCAACAAUUCUGGUAUUGAUUCUUUUGUCUGCAUCACUUGCAAUAGCUUCAAAUACUAAACCCGGGUCAUAUGAGAAGAUUUCUGUACGUGAAUUCUUUUUUAAUAUUUUUAAUUGUUUUAGAGGAAUUCUUGGACAGGGAAUUUAUGAAGAACCAGGAGUUUCUGUCAAAACAAAAAUCAUUUAUUCGCUGAUAUUUUUGUUGGGAAUUAUGAUAGUAACUUCAUACGAUGCAUUUCUUCAAUCUUUAAUGACUAAAUUACCAAGGGAAAAUAUUAUAAAAUCUUUCGACGAUCUAGAUUUGUCUGACCUCAAAGUUUGCAUUUAUAAAACUGACUUGAAUGCAUAUUUAGCUGAUAAUAAUCCCAGCAAACAAUUUUUAAAUUUAUUUAAUAGUGAAUCAAAUGUUGAAACUUUUAUAAAACUUCGUGAUAGUCUCAACACUAAAUAUGCCUAUGCAGUGAAUAGUGAAAAAUGGAUGAUUUAUAAAAAUCAACAAGAUUUCUAUGGCUAUCAAUUAUUUCGUUGGUCUAGUAAAUUGUGUCUUGUUAAAAAUGCACCAUCUUCAAUUGAAACACAAUCAAGUGGAUUGAUGGAUUAUUGGAGAAGAAGAGCCUUUUAUGAAUUAAUUGAUAUUGGAGGAAUAAAGAUGUUAAAUUUUAGUUAUGAAUCGGAUUUACAGCCACUGAAAGUUGGAGAUUUGAAAUGGAUUUGGAUAGCCUUGGGAAUAACUUAUAUGGUGUGUAUUUUGUGUUUUAUUGGAGAACUUGGUGUUUUCAAAUUGAAAAAUAGCUGAAUUUUUGCCAACUUAAAUUAUACCUAUUUCUGUUUGGCUUGCUAAGAGAUGGAACUAGUGUCGUUUAGAAUAAAAAUUGCACACAAAAUUUAGUAUACAAAUUUGGAUCUAUUAUUUUUCGACACUAAACUUGACAAUAUUUUGUUAAA